AUGGGAUUGUUGUGAGUUUGUUCUCUUCUCUUUGCCCUCCCACCCGCAUUUUUCCGAUUUCAGCACGAGAAAAGGAACGACCCGGAAGCCGUCGCCGUCAAAGAAUAAGAAGACGGCGAAGAAGGGCGCGAGCGAGAACAACACGAUCGGCGGUCUUUCUCAUGAGGAGACCACCCCGAAGGUGUCGAAGAAACCACGCAAUCCGCGGGGGAAGGAGACGGAGGAACAGCAGUCGACGGCGGCGUCCGUGAAGGAGACGAAGGGAAAGGCGAAGAAGGGAGAGAAGAAGGCGAAGGGGACCACCGCCGACGCGAUGCUCAAGGCACUCGGAGGCCCGAAGCAUGCCGCUGCGCCGGAGGUUCCGCAGACGCCGCCGGUCAAGAAACAGUCUCCGGACGCAGACGAGACACCCACGUUGCCCGCACUUCUGCCGAGUCGGGAGCCGCUGCCGAGCAAGGAAAAGCUGGGCAAAGAGGGCGAAUCGAAGAAGGGGAACAUCCCGCCUACGUCGAUCAAGACGGCCGCCACACAGCCGCUGUCGGUGCAGUCGAUCACCGACAAAUGGCCGGGAGCGGGGACGGCGAAGGUCUGGAUGGAGAAGGCUGGUGGGUUGAAAGACGGAGAGACGGACUAGAUCGAAGGGGAUUUCAGAUUUUUACGUGGCAAAGACAGAGUACGAAGGACUCCAACGGAUGAUAGUAGACGUUGACAGGGAGUGUGCCACGUGGAAGGCGAACGGAAAGUUCAACCAAUCGGAAGAUUAUCCGGUGCUCGACUCGACGCUCGUCAAGUGUCCGGAAAUGAAGGAGUACGUGAACAUCUCCAACAUGAACGUGCCCCUCCAUCGCUCUGUUCUCGUCGGACAAAUUCCGCUAGCAGGCACUGAGGAGACGUUCUGGAAGGGAAUCUUCGAUCUGCGUGUCACGAACAUCCAUCUGCUCGUCGGAGAUGAACCGGUCGGCUUCUUUCCGAAACGGGCUCUCGACUUCGUUCACUACGGAACCAUGUUCGUCAACAACAGACGCGUCGAGCAGAUCUCGGGAGACGACGUCUACAAGUUUGCGAUCGAAGUACUGCCGGCCGGGCUCUCCAACUCGAUCAUCUGCAAUGUGACGAUGAUCAAGAACUGGCACCUGGACAGUGUGCAUCCGAAGUAUUCCUGCGUGGUCAAGGAGACCAUUGAGCUUUCGAAUGUGCUCACCACUUCGGUUCGUCCCUCUUCUUCUUAAUUCCCCCACAACACUCUUUUCAGCCAUCGGACGAAGCCGCUCUGAUAAUGUCUCCUCACGGAGCAGGACGUGCCGGAUUCUUCGUUUCGCUGGCAGUUGCCGUCUAUCAGAUGGACAAGAAGAUCGAGCCGAACAUGGCGGAGAUUGUCAAGAACAUCCGUGCUCAACGCCCAAAGUCUGUCGAGUCGUUCCGUCAGUACGCCUCGCUGUACAUCUCCAUGUUCUACUACAUCAAGAGGAAGUCGUCGAAGCAGGACGGAGACAAGAAGGCCGUCUCCGAUCCGAACGAUCCACUGAUCAGGAAGGCAGUGCAGCUGACGAACGCAUUCACGCAGGGUCUGAUGGCCGAGGUGGCCGCCAACAAAGGAGUGUCCACGAUGACCAUGCUUACUUAG